AUGACAAUUCUCAGGGUCGGCUCAACACGCUACACCCUCAACACAGCCAUGCUUUCGCUCCAUUCUACCAUGCUACGCGACUCUAUCAAGGAGGAAGAAUCAGGAAUACUCCUCUGUCCAGACUGGUGGGACGUCGGAGCGUCAGUCGACGUCUUCAUCGACUGGAUCUACACCCGCAGAUUCCCCAGCACAUACCGCCCCUGGGGCAUCGAGCCGCCGCAGCCCCUCGACGGCGACGCUUGUGUUCGCAUCUACAUUUUUGCUUGGCAAAUCGACGCCUCGGAGCUCCGCGCCGCCAUAGAGUGCAAGGCAGUAUCCUUCUUCGUGCAGAAUGACUACUACGCCCCCUUCGACACGGUUAAUCUUGCAUUCUCUGCGUUGCCGCAUGAGCAUGUGAUGCUGGAAUUGCUGGUCGAUGCGCAUUGUCGCUCGUUUAGGGACGAUGCGCAGGGGAAGUGGGAGAUGCAGCAGGAAAGCAAAUUGCCGGGGGUGAUGAGGAGGUAUGCGAGGGUGGGGGCGAGGAAGGAACUGAGGGCGUCUGACUAUCUUGGACAUCGGAGUGUUAAAAAGAGGAAGAGGUGGGAGGAGGAGGAGGCGGUGGAGAGUGUUGAGUCAGGCGAUGGAGAAUAA